CGCCCGGGGUCCUCGCGCCCCCACGCCCAGUCUUCCGGGAGCCCCAGAAUUUUUAGCCCCUCCAGCUCCCCGAUGGCAGUAUUCUCGGGAGCCAGAUCUUUCCCUGCAGAAUCUGGGAGAUUCUGUCCGUUCGCUUGGGCCCCCUCAUCCCCUCCUUCCCGACAGCGUUUCGUUGCAAGGAAUUAUGCAAAUCCUGCUUUCUGGUGUCCAUUCAGCGGCAAUUUCAUGCGGAUUUGAAAGUAUUCUUGAAGGGCUGUUUGGACCUGCAUUAUUAAAAGAUCUCAGUUUAUUUAAAGCCUGUGAACCUGAAAGCAUUUCUGAUUGGACUUUUGAUGAAAAUUGUUUCUUUUGUUGCUUGAGAAGAGAUAAAGUAAAGGGACACUUAGUCGGUCUGGAUGAACCAGCUUCGGGAGCUGGGCAAGAAGCUCUGCUUAAACAAGAGCAAGCAAAAAUCAUUCGAUUCGAGAGACAAGCAGAAGAAUUCCUCAAUGCAGUCUUUUAUAGAAAAGACAGUCCCUGGGUCUCCGACCCCAAUAUUCCCCUAGUGGCCCGUGAGAUCAUGCAGCGAAUGAUCCAACAAUUUGCUGCUGAAUAUACCUCAAAAAAUAGCUCUACUCAGGACCCCAGCCAGCCCAAUAGCACAAAGAACCAAAGCCUGCCGAAAGCAUCUCCAGUCACCACCUCUCCCACGGCUGCAACUACUCAGAACCCUGUGCUCAGCAAACUUCUCAUGGCUGACCAAGACUCACCUCUGGACCUUACUGUCAGAAAGUCUCAGUCAGAACCUAGCGAACAAGACGGUGUACUUGAUCUUUCCACUAAGAAAAGUCCAUGUGCUGGCAGCACUUCCCUGAGCCAUUCUCCAGGCUGCUCCAGUACUCAAGGGAACGGUGAGAACGCAACAGAAGCAAUCGCAGUAGAUUCUAACAAUCAGUCGAAGUCCCCACUGGAGAAAUUUAUGGUCAAACUGUGCACGCAUCAUCAGAAGCAAUUCAUUCGUGUUCUGAACGACCUAUACACUGAGUCUCAGCCAGACACUGAGGACCGACAGCCUUCUGAUUCUGGAGCAAUGGAUGCAUCCACUUGCAAUGCUGGCUGUACCCAGCUGAGCACCAAACAUAAGGAACAGGAUGCUGUGUGUCUUGAUAUGAAGUCUCCUACUUCUGUUGAUUUAUUUGUAGACUCAUCGGGCUCUCACAGCCCUCUACACUUGGCAGAACAGGCCCUGAAGGAGUCACCCCCCGAUACAAACUCUGUAGAUGGAAGAGAGAAUGCCUUGACUCUUGUCCAGAAAGAUUCCUCUGAACUUCCAACCACUAACCCCACUUCUGAUAGUUCGAUGGAUAGUUCCACUUUGGGAUACCUCACUGCAUCUAAUUCUUCUUCAUUAAACUGCCACCACAUCUCAAAGAGCUUAGAGGAUCAAACCACUGGUCAGGAGCAAGACAAAAAUGUGAAAACAUGUGAGGAUGGUAAAGACCAUAUGCAGAGUUCAGCUUUAGUGGAAAGUCCAAUUACAGUAAAGGUGGCAGCUGAGAAUAGUGAGGAGAGCAACAGCGGUAUUAUUUCUCAAAGAAAUUCAUUUAAAGCUUUAUCAGAAGAGGCUUGGGACUCUGGGUUUGUGGGGAAUUCAUCUAGAACUGCUGACAAAGAGAAUGCUUUACAGUGUAGCUCAAAAACACCUUUGCACCAAGAUUUUGAGGCAAGUGAACAAGAUUCAAGGCCAAAGCAAGAGAACCAUCUUCACUCACUAGGAAGAAAUAAAGUAGGUUACCAGUUACAUCCCAGUGAUAAGGGUCAGUUUGAUCAUUCCAAAGAUGGUUGGUUAGCCCCCGGCCCCAUGCCAGCUGUACACAAAGCAUCUAAUGGACAUUCAAGAACCAAGAUGAUACCAACCUCUAUAAAGACAGCUCGGAAAAGUAAAAGGGCAUCAGGGUUGAGGAUAAAUGAUUAUGAUAACCAGUGUGAUGUUGUUUAUAUCAGUCAGCCAAUAACAGAAUGCCAUUUUGAGAAUCAGAGAUCAAUACUGUCUUCUCGGAAAACAGCCAGAAAGAGUACUCGAGGAUACUUUUUUAAUGGUGAUUGUUGUGAGUUGCCAACUGUUCGUACACUGGCCAGAAAUGUACACUCCCAAGAAAAAGCAAGCUGCUCAAUAAUGGCAUCAGAGGUCAGUCCCAAGCAGACCCAUGUAAUUCCAGCCCCGAAACCUACAGUAGAUGCUCAACAUCCCAGCGGAGACAACCCUGAAGAACCUAGUAAAGAAAUAACCUCCCUCAAGGAAGGAGACAGAGAUGCUUCAUCUGAAAAGGAAUCUCAAGAACCUGAGGUUUGUACCACGACUAAUAAGCAGAAUCUGAGCAGCUCCCCUAGGUCAAAGGAAACAACAGCCUCUAGCCUGGUGUCUCUCCCAGCUCCUCCUCCUAAUGAGGACGUGCCAGAAGGCAGCCCCGUGGGCUCAGCUCCCAUAGCAAGUGGGCUGCCUUCCCCUGCACAAGACCAACUACCUGAUGAGCUGCUGGAUACAAUGGAGAUAAGUGUACCCCAAGACUAUCCCCUGGUUCUCUCUACUGAGAGUAUUUAUGAGGGAGCUAGUGAAGAUGUUGUUUCUAGGCCUCUUUGUUCUCCUGAAACAGUCUGUAGAGAGGAAGGUCCUCUGUGCCCUGAAUAUCAAAGUCCACCAGUGGACUUGGAGCCUCCCUUGAGCCUAGAAAAGGCUGAGGACAACCAAAGUAUCACUACUGAGGCUAAGACAGAAGACACUCAGGAGCUAGAUACCAACCCGCUCUUAAAGGAAAGCAGCACAUUGACUGAUGAAAACCCCAGUGAAAUUGAGGAAAGUGAGGCAGCAGGCUGUACAGAAACAAUAGGGAGAGAGGAAAAUGAUGUAAAACAUCCUUUGGAAAAAGAUCUGUGUGAUCCAAGCAUUGACUUACCUGAGGAGAAUUUGGACAAGAAGAAAAAAGGUAAAAAAUUCCCUGAGGCCUCCGAUAGGUGUCUAAGAAGUCAACUUUCAGAUUCUUCCUCUGCUGACAGGUGUCUAAGAAGUCAACUUUCAGAUUCUUCCUCUGCUGACAGGUGCCUAAGAAGUCAGAGUUCAGAUUCUUCCUCUGCUUGUCCUGAGAUUAAGGUUUCUAAAAAUGCUGGUGCAAAACGUUCUAAAAAAGAUGAGUAUCCAGGUGGAAUGACACCUGAGGACUCUCUGCCUGACAAUUCCCAUACAAAAGCUCUGGAGAACACUGAAAACCCAAAUGUGCAUGAAGAUCCCGCUGAGAAAGAUGCAGAGCAGGAGGGUGAAGGAGGUGGGGUCAUUACUAGGCAGACUUUUAAAAACAUGCUGGCAAAAGAAGUCAAAGAGGAAGGAGAUAAUUUCCCCAGUGGUGACUCCUCAGCUGCAGCUGGCCAGCCCUUGCCUGGAGAGAGACUAGAGAUCUAUGUUCAGUCUAAGGUGGGUGAGAAAAAUGCUCAUGAUCCCUCAGAAAGUAUUUCUUGUACUUUCCCAGAACAAUCAAAAGAGAAGCCAGGACCUCUUCCCCCACAGGAUGUGGAGGAGGCUACAAAUGAGGGAAACAGCUCACACACCCAGCAUAAAGGUGAUGCUAACGAGGUGUCCUCCAGUGUACUUGAAUUGUCAAGCAGUGGAAGUGGUGAUACUGCUGGACAACCAAAAUGGGCACCAAGGCCUACAAGAAUGACCUCUUCAACCUACAAUCUAAGACAUGCUCAUUCUCUGGACUCCGUAGAUACUACUACAAAAGUGACUUUAGAAAAGGAAGCAGCAGAAGGACACUCAGUACCAAAGGAAAAUGAUGCUUCAGAGAGCGGAGAUCCCUUAGAUGAGGGUGAUGUGGACACCGUGGUAGAUGAGCAGCCCAAGUUUGUGGAGUGGUGUGCUGAGGAGGAGAACCAAGAGCUCAUCGCCAACUUCAAUGCCCAGUACAUGAAGGUUCAGAAGGGCUGGAUCCAGUUGGAGAAAGAAAGCCAGCCAACACCAAGAGCAAGGAACAAAUCAGAUAAACUGAAGGAGAUCUGGAAAAGCAAGAAAAGGUCACGGAAAUGUAGGGGUUCGUUGGAAGUUCAGAAGUUUUCUCCUGUUCAGAUGCUGUUUAUGACGAACUUUAAAUUAUCUAAUGUUUGUAAAUGGUUCUUAGAGACAACCGAAACCCGGUCUCUGGUAAUUGUGAAGAAGCUCAAUACUCGGCUUCCAGGAGAUAUCCCCCCUGUCAAGCAUCCUCUUCAGAAGUUCUCUCCUUCCAGCCUGUACCCUAGUUCAUUACAGGCUGAACGCUUAAAAAAACAUUUGAAGAAAUUUCCUGGAGCAACUCCUGCUAGGAACAAUUGGAAAACACAGAAGCUGUGGGCCAAAUUUCGAGAAAAUCCUGACCAAGUGGAGCCAGAGGAUGGCAGUGAUGUCAGCUUCAGCCCCAAUACUGAGGACAUUAUAGAGGAAGUCAAGGAAGGAAGAAACAGCCAUCCUCCCACAAACUCACCUACUCCAGCCAGUACCCGGAUCCUUCGAAAGUAUUCUAAUAUUCGAGGAAAGCUCAGAGCCCAGCAGCGAUUGAUCAAGAAUGAGAAAAUGGAAAGCCCCUUUGGUCGGACUGUGGAAAAUAAACAGAGUUUUAAGAGUGUAUGUAUCAACCCUCUGAUGUCCCCUAAGCUCGCGCUGCAAGUGAAUGCAGAUGGAUUUCCUGUUAAACCCAAGAAUACCGAUGGAGUGAAGGGGAGGAAAGGGAAGCAGAUAUCUGAAAUCUUGCCGAAAACAGAAGUUCAGAAUAAACGCAAAAGAACAGAAGGCAACAGCACUCAGGACAAAAAGGACAAGGCAUCAGCCACGAAAGCCAGCAAAGAAAAGCACAGUGAUGCAUCCACCAAGCCCCCUGCUGCCAAGAAGCUGGCAGCAAGGGACAAAGUCAACCCACUGCCCAAAAAGUCAUCCUUGAAAGAAAAUAAAGCGAAAAUCCAAAAAAAGCCCUCUGGAAAGAGCUGUCUUCCCUGUAGAAAAGAAAAAGAGAAUGCCAACAAAAAACCUGCCCAGCCCACCACCUUGGAGACAGUGACAAAACCUAUAAAGCAAAAAGGGUCAAGUGAAUCCUCUUCAAGGUCACAGAAAGCCACAAAUAGGAAGCAGAACAGUGGAAAGACCCGGGCCAGACCCUUGACGAAAACUCCAGAGAACAGCGCGACCCAGAGAAAGCGAAAACUGAAGGCAAAGCUGGACUCUUCCAAUAGCAAACGGAGGCGCCUGGAUGCAAAAUGAAUGGAAGGCUGGUAACCAGGAGUAAAACUGUUCUCUAAAAGUAACCUUUAUUUUGCAUUAACUAAAUUUGCUUUUAUAAGCUCAUCAAGCCUUUCAAAUCUGCAGUUAAUGGAGAAGGCCGCGAUUUAAGACGUCAGAAAAUGCAGCUCGGAUGGAGAAGGGAACUUGCAGAGUCUUUCUCCGAGGCUGAGUAAGGGAAGUGUUAUAUAUUAUAUUCUGGUUGUUCCUUGGGUUUUAAACUUGGAACUAAGCAGUUUUAGUUUUUAAAAGUACAGUGCCUUAUUUAUCCUUUUUGUUUUUAAAUUUACAAAAGCUAAAAAGCUGAUCUAUGUGAUUAAAGGCUUGUAUUUUAUACUUGAUGCACAAGCACUUGUACUGUAGCCGAGAAGACCACCAUCAUGCACGUAAAAGUAGUUUUCAGCAGCCACCCUGCAGUAUCUGUACACAAACCCAGAUGCUCUUUGCAGACCCCAGCAGUGAACUGCCCUCUCUGUCUUGUUUGUUUAAGUAAUAAUUGAAAGCUAAACCAAAUCAUUUUUAUGGCACGGAGAGAGGAUGCAGGAUGCCUAUGGAGAGGAUGCAGAGGGAAUUUAUGAUUAUUGUAAAAGAUUCGUAUUUCUCUUUGGUAUCCCUUUUUAAAAAUUGUAUUCAUUGUAUUCACCCCUCACCUUUGAUUUUUUUUUUCUUUUUGUCAUUUGAGAACCUACAUUCUAAAAUAUGUGCCCCUCGGACAACAGGUUUGUCAGAUGGUGUUAGUAUUGGUGCAUGACCUCUAAAAGUUAUUUAUAGUCCUCAGAUUAUUUACAUUAUUGAUUCUUACCAUCCUUUUCAUUUUUGCCUUUAUAAUCUCACUAGCUAAUUUUCAUACUAAUUUGGAGGUUGGGGGGGAACCUAGGAUUUUCUUUUUUCAUCUUGCACCUGUAAUUUGACAAGUAGGAUGAGAAUGACUGUUCUACUUUACUUUUCUUACCCUCUGAGUACUUCCAUAUUCAAAGAAGCCAAAAUAUCAAUUUCAAGUAAUAGAAAAGUUUUAUAGUGUGUGUGUACUUAUGCUUUUGGGUGCAUUCUUAUGUGGUUAUCAGCCACAAAUGUCUCCCAACUCCAGUUCUACAGUAAAAUUCCUUCUCUGUGUGAUGUGCUAGGUGUUCAUGAGCUGGGUAAUUAGCACAGGCCAGGUGGUUUGAAUGUGGCCUAGGGUCUCUGUGAGCAUCCUCAGAACCACAUUGGCACUGGACUCAGAAAGGUCUAAACAGCAUCAAGUUCAGUGAAGGUCAGAACAGCCUUGCCAUUGGAGGAAGCAGCUCCAGCAUCUCAUAGUUGACAUACACAACCCCAACACCAGACUUGAUGUUUAACUGACAUUUUCUAAUGUGAAUGUUCAUGUUCAGAGUGGGUGUCUGUUCCGAUGGGUUCGCACCAUACUAUUAUUUAAUACUUGUGGCAUCACUCCUGUGCUUAUUGUGUCAGGCUCUGCUCCUUGGCUCAAAAAUGAGAGCUGCAAUAGUUGUAACUGAUGUUUGCCUUUCCCCAGAGAAGCCUGAGAUGGGUACAUUAAAACCUGGGAUGGCCUUAACUUGGUACUAAUAACAUUGUUCUAUUAUAACACAGUAUAUUUCUGUUGGGCCACUCUACAAAAUGGCUUGUUUGUAAAGCCUAUGCCAGCUUCUCUAAUAUACUCCACCAUUGAAGUAGGCUGGUAUGGACAGCUGCUCCUGUCCAUUUUAUUAAAAAAAGUUUCCCUUUAGAUUGUUUCAUAUCUGUUUUAGAUAAACCCUGGUGGACUUUUUUUCAUGCAUUAGUUCAUUGAAAUAAAACAGACCUUCUACCCAUUCUGUUAAAGGCUCAUUGUAUAUAGUGAAAACUUCUGAUUGGAUAGGACUGGAGAAAAACAUUUGGAGAAAAUGAGAAUUUACAGAGUGAAGCUUACUAUCACAGUGAAGUCUUGACUUUCCCCCUAAUGUCUCUUCUAUCCCUUGAGUUGUUUUUGUUUUUUUUUUUAAUAUCUUUGACUUUGGCCAAUCAAGAGCUACCUAUCUUAAUGAAACUGCUGAGUGUGUAUCUUGGCAACCCUUUCUCAGCAUUAAGUUGCACAAAAGCAUUAAUAUGUUUUGAGUCAGUUCAUUUAAUCUUUAAAAAGUUUGAUAUCGUUGUCACUGGAUAUUGUUUUUGUGGUGACUUAAACAAUUGAUGUUUGCCCGUGUCAGAUGUGCUGAUUCCUGUACAUAUGUUCAAGGUGCCCAUUAGCUGCAAUAGAGUACCUUGUAAGGGUGCUUGGGUUAGUUUAGGGAGAGGUUUGAGUCAGUAAAGUGAGUGGAACAUUUCCAGUUCCAGAUUUAUAGUUCAUUCCAUUACUUUUCUAAGGCUUUGUUUUACUUUGCAUUUAUAAAAGCUUACUUCAAGAUACUAGCUUUCUCAUUCUAGAUAGCAUUUGAAAAGGGGUAUCGAUGGAUAUGUAUUUAUUUUAUACACCUAACAAUGCAAUGGAUCAUCUUUAAAAUCAGCUUACACUUUAUAGUAGUGACUACAUUUAAAUAGACUGGGAUUCUACAUAAUUAGGAUACCUAAAGUUCCAAAUUAUUUUUAUAUUUAUUGAAUCUCAUUUUUGCUGAUUCAGUUAAUUUUGCUAAUAGAAGGAAGAAGGUAAAAAAGCAACUUGAGGGCCAACUCUGAAAGGGCCUUUCACCUUUCAGCAGAUACUGGCAAACCUGUCUCCUUGACACUUCCAAGCCACGCGUGGCAUUGACUCAACUCAUCUUGAGUCAAGCGCUUCUUCCUAAAGCUGUAUUCACAGUAUGUCUUGCCACUAGAUGCAAAGGCAGUCCCACAUUCUGGAUUCCAAAUCAGAAAGAUAUUCUGCUCCUGGGCCUAGCCUAGGCCUAUACUCAGUGAAGUGACUGCCCCAGUGUUAGAGCUGAAAUUGACCAAAAGACAUUGGCAUUUGCUGAGCUCUGGAGGAGCUACAAGAUGCCUGGGAAGUGAUUACUAAGGCUUAGUCAUAGCUUCCCAGAGCUGAGAUCUCUUUAGAAAACCCAUUUUCUUACCUAUGAGGCUCCCUGGGCUUGGAAGGAUAACAUAGAGACUGCUCUCUCAGUUGAGGUUCAGAGCCUCACCCCCACCCUACCACUUCCUCAGCCACGCAGCAACCUUGCAGUGCACUGGAAGGUCGUGAACUGUUGUUCUGCUUAUAAGGCUUCCUGUGUAAAAAUGUGAUUAUUGUCUGAUAAUCUGCAAUUGCUGGUCCCUUGAAUUCCCUUGGCAGGCCAGUUCUGUUGUAGCUAUAUUUCAUUAAAGACUUCUACACAAGCCAUAACUGACAAAGUAAUCUUAGACUGUGGGUUUCAUGAACCUCACUCUUCACGCAGUGGUGUGGCUAGAAUAAGCCCACAGGGUGCCUCUAGUGGAUAGAGAGAGCCUCUGGAUUCCAUACUGCCCAGGUGACUGUCUCAUUGUUCAGAUAGGUCAUGAGCAAGCUGUGUCACUUCGAGACAAAUACUUUGAGUUGAAAUUUGGCCUGUUUCCUGCGGUGUUUUGCAAUCUCUGAUGAGGACUGAAGCUGUCACUCUGAGUUAUCGGGCCACUUUCACUGAUGAGUAGACCUAGAAGCCCAGUAGGAAAGCACAGCAUGCUGUUUGGCGCAAGCUGGGAGGGUGCUGUAGUGUCACCAAGUCUAAUGUCCUGUUGGCACAUUUGGGGCCAGAGCAGAAUUUCACAAGGUCUGGGCCCAGGGAGCCAUGCCCACUCUGGUUGUAGGUCCGUCCAGGCAGGCUGUCUUUUGGCUUAUAGAUGAUCUUCCAGGGAUCAGCAAACUGGGCUGGUCACUCUUGUAAAUAAAAGUUUAUUGGAACAUAGCCAUGCCCAUUUAUUUAUGUGUUUUCUGUGGUUGCUUUCCCGCAGUUGAGUAGCUGCAGUAGAGACCAUAUGGCCUGCAGAGCCAUAAAAUAUGUACUGUCUGGAUCCUUAAGAAACAGUUUGCUGAUCCUGACCCUUGCUUGAGAAAAAAAUACUUUUCAGGAGCAAUUUUCCCCUGAUUGAUCUCCUUUUUUCUACCCCUCUCUGUCCUUUUUUUUCUUCCUUUCAUCUUACAGCAAUUUUUCCUUUUACCUUUAUGUAUUUCUUCAUAUUACAAAAGAGACACUUUAUAUUGGUGUAGCACAUGGAAUACCAUCUCCUAACAAUUAGCCUUCAUGUCACAUCUCUUUGGAAUCACCAGUCACAGUAGCCAAAAUGGUGCUCGCUUCGGCAGCACAUACACAGUAGCCAAAAUGAAGCCACCUUUCACCUACAGAAUCAGAACCCAUCAACCCUCAGGGUCUCGGAGCUCUAAAAUAUGUGGCUUGGGCUUCUUAUUUCACUCAGUUUUUGUCAUAAAACUAAUUCCAGCUUCACUUCUUUGUUACUCGAGUAAGCCAAGAUUUUUUUCUUUCCAAAUUAGUUGAGACUACGUUAGUUAAAUGUUCAAUUUUCUGGGACUUAAAUUUAGUAUGGAAAAAGUCUUCGCAAAGAGGAAAUACAGCCCAGUCACACACGCAAAGCAUUCUUUAUUAUGUCAUAUUUUUUACCAAAUUAUAGGAAAAUAAAACUCCUUUUUUGGGGGGUGGGGGGAGAUGAUUGUUGUGUUAGAAUAAGCAGAGUUAGGGAAGUGUUUCGAGGUCACCUUUAAUAUUCUUCAUCCCUUGAUGUAUUAAAAACUGCUAUAUUCUACAGUGAUUGAUUGAUUGGAAGCCCUGAAAAUCUAACUCUCCUUUAAAGAUAGAAAAUCAUGCUCAGGCUCUGAUGCUGCUUCCAGCUCAUGGCAUUGCCAUGCUGUACUGGGAACCCAGGCAACCCCCAUGGGCACUUUGGAGAGGGUUUCUUUGCUCCUGCUUUUGCCCUUGGAAUUGAGCAAAACCUGGCUCAUUCCUUCCACUGCCUCCUCUCUGUCUGAUCGUCCUUCCACACAGCCCUGGUGGUUUAUGCUCAGUGUUCAGGAGACAUCAUUUGCUCUGUCCUGCAGAGGGACCGCUGUGCUCACCUGGUGAGCACAGUGACGUACCAACUUUCUCCUCUGCUUGGGAUCAUUCCAUUUAACACUAAGUGCGCAGCCAACUGGCCACGGGAAAGUAUAGACUGCCCAUUAAAAGGAAAAGAGAACCAGGUGCUCGUGGAUUUAUAAUAUGCCUGAGGUUGGAUGAAUGCAUUUUACCUUUUUUUUUUUUUUGAUAAGGGUUACCAAAAAAGAGGCUGUGUAUCUAAAAUACAGCAUAUAUCCUAUCUGACCCUGUAGAGAAAAGAUACUAUCUUGACACUUGCAGUAUGUCAUUCAAGAUCAAAUCAGAGAGCAUUUAGGGCACAAAUUUCUUUUUUCAUUUAGUCCAAGAUGUCAACAUUUCUUACCUUUUAGAUUUUAGGGUAUCUUGCCUGUUCUCAAUACAGCCGCUGGUACCCAUUCUUCUUGAAUAAUGCUUGAUGGAACAUUUGUGGAAUUGUGGACAUACAGUCUUACCUACUAGGAUGUAUAGUUAAAACCAAAAGUGCUAAGUCUUUACUUUUAACUAAAGUAUUAUAGUCUUCAUGUUUAUGAAUCAGGGUGAACUUGACUCUUGGAGAGACAGUCCUCUUCAGCAGUGCCCAACACAGACCCACUAAUGAAUUUAGAACAGAGAGUGCCUCUCCCAGCAAGCACCAGGCUUGUGUGCGUGUUUCCCCGGGAGCCCUCCUUUCCAUGUACCGUGUAUUUGAAAGUAUGUCACUCUCCAAGUUUGGGUGAUUAUUUGUAAACAUAAAUGACUGGCCUUUGUCUGUUUGAACCUUGAGGCCAGACCACACAUUCUCAGCUCUUAGAAAUACCAGCAUGGUUAUGCCCACCUCCUCCCCGCCCCAUCAGCAUACCAGCAGCUUUGGAUUGAAGAAGCUCAGAGCAAUCUGGCCUGGACAGCACAGCCAGACCUUGAUCAGGCCUGACUCACUUCAUUUUUAGGCACCACCCUUGGGGUCUCAUCUCCUCCCUCUUCUGUUUCUGCCUCCACCCUCCCUUCUGGGAGGCGGCAUCUUUGGGAGAGUCUCCCACCUCCCAAGUGCUUCGCUGAACACGUAUUUGUCAUAUUAGAAGCAUUUUUCGUUUCAUAACUAUUUUCAUAAUUAGCCAUUGGGUUCAAAUGCUACUUGGUUUACCAAUUUUGUCAACCCCAAUUGUCUUCUAUAAUCUACACCUCGUAGUAUAGCUAAAGCUACAGCAGCUGGGAACUGGUUUGUGGAAAAGAUGCUAUACAAACAAGAUUUGCAUAAUUUUGUAUAUUUAUACCACAGGUAGGGAUUAGUUUUAGAGCCACUAUAGCUUAAGGUUAUCAGUUUCACUAGUAGUUUCUGCGUCCUUAAUAGUUCUAGGAGACUAAUGUGUUAGUGACUAUGGUUUCAAACACACAUAUAUAUAAUACAUAUUUAUACACACCACUGUGGAAUUUCUCUGUAAAUAGUGAUAUUUUGCUGUUAAAAUGCUUCUAUAGAAAGUAUUUAUUUUAACAAAAAAUUUAACUGUCAAAAGGGCUUUCCAAAAAAAGUGUUUUUUCUAGCCACCCAUCUACCCCAGCUACCAUGCUUAGCCUUUGAACCCCAAACACAGUGAUGGCAGAAGGGUGGGGCCUUUAAAUCCUGCUGUACUGGGGCAGAUGCAACCUGGAUUGGAAACCUGUGUGCAUCUCUCCGCUGAUACCCCAUCCCAGAACAAAGUGGAUCUCCCACGAUCAGUUGUAACUGUGUCAGGCGUUUCGGGGCUUGCUUCAAACUACCCGCUUGUGCAUGCACAGUUGAUACAUUCAACAGCCUGUGCAGGGAAAUGAGCCUUAGUUGUAGUCCCAAGGAAAUCUAAACCCAUAUCCAGGAUAUGGAGAAACCAUUGGUUGCCUAAAGAAAGCAUUAAGAUGUGUUUCAGUCUUUCUUAUGUUUGUGAAAGACGUCUAUUCACACUCAUUAAACACAGGAAAUAAGCAUGUUCCUUCCGCACCUUGACAGUACGUCUUGGCUCACCACCUCCUCCUCUUCUCCACCUUCCCACCGUCUCCUCUGCCGCCGCCUCAUCUCAGCAAACCUCUGUGCAGGUGUGAGCCAGCCCCACCUGUAACUGAUGGUUCCAGAGCAGACCGUCUGUUCUAAGAUGUGUACAGCUUUACUUCUCAGGAGUCCUAGUCUGCAAUUCAAAGCACCCCUCGAUGUAAUGCAACCAAUACUUCAUGAUCUUGUUGCCCUUCCCUGUGCCUGGGCACCCCGUCUGAGUCAUGAUUCUCAUCCCGCCAGCUGGCUAGACUGAGAACUUUUGGCUCCGGGACUUCGGAGAGCUUGGGACUAGGCACAAGGAUUUUUGUCAUUCAUUUGAACCAUAGUUUGCAUAUUUACUUCUGGCCUCCCUUUGUCUUUUCUAUGUAAAUGAGGAGGACACUUGAACAGUAAUGCUGGGGAAUGUUGUUUCUAAGAUGAUAUUUGUAAGCAAAUCUGAUUUUAAGAUGAAAUGUGAAUGGGUAACUAGGUGCCAGGGAAUUUAGCACUGAACUAGACAGUCAAAAUUAUUUUUAACCUUUGCAGGAAGAAAUAAAUUUUGCUCUCAUCUAAAUGUUCACAAGAAAUAACGUUGUAAAUACUUUUUAAAGAAUAUUUAUUAUGUGUGCUGCAUACAGAUUCAUGUUCUGCGUGACGUUGGUUUGCAUUGUAGUAACGUAGAAGAUAUAUUUUGAGUAGUGGACUUCCUUUCAUAACACAGUUCACACAUGGAGAAAGAACAAAAACCAGCAGGUUGAGAGCUGUUUGGGGCAUUUGAUAUGUAAUGUUACAUCAAAUCCAAGCUUUAAUUGCCCCCUCUUCUCAUCUGGUUAUGUUAUAUAUUUUAUAUAUAUAAAUAUAUGUAUACACACGUAUGUAUGAUAAACUGGUCAGUGGUCAGUCCCCAGAUCUGCAGAGCAGAUUCCAGGUGUUCUUUCUGAUGUGUUGCCUAUAAGCAAUAAGAUCCUAGGUAAUAACAUUUAUUCCGGGCCCCAGGUUGGCCCUUGUCUCAGAGGAUAGGGUGGGGGUAGAACAGCUCUUGCUAAGACCUCUUGCCUUUGCUGGAGAGGUUGCUGUACUUGAAUUUUUGCUUCUGUUUGUCUGCACGCUCCUUCACACCAUACAGCUCCAGCGAUGGAGGAGAUAUCUGCCAGCACCAGACACAUCAAAAAUUGGGCAUAGAAACUGAAAAUAUAGCAAUUUGCAUUGACUGUGUGGGGUUUCCAGAAUCUAGUUAAGUCAAAGCUCAUUUGUAGAGUAAAUAUAAGAACAUUUUACAUAAGGAAUUUAAAUGGCCAUUUAAAUGUCUUCGACUGUAUCCGAUCUACCUUUAAACUAGGCCAUUACUAUAAUCUUUCUCUGUGUCUGGGUUUGAAAUGUCAGCAGCCCCGUUUUCUGGGGUAGCCAUUUAGGUCAAGUAUAAGGAGGGCAGUCACUCCUCUAUCCCAGCGUGUCCAGUUCAACAGGUCUCCAAGUUGUUUAGCAGCCUCUCCUUGUGACCGUCCUAAACUUUAUGAAAAAUACCCCACAUCCAGGUAACCAUUAAUAGAAUAAUGUAGGUUUUUUAGGCUUUUGGAAUAUGUCUUUUGUAUUUAUGAUGGUGUUUGGAAAUUUUUCACUAGUGGUUUUUUUUAGAUUGAAGUGGGUGCAUUAGGAUGUAACUUUCCAUUGCUGAGCCUGAAAGCAAGCAAGAGGAAAGAAACUGAUCUAUAUUGUAUCAUUGGGCAGAUGACUACUUGCGGUAGUGGGAGGGCAGGGAGGGGGCAUUGUAGAUUAUGUGGGGGUUAAAGAAUUUUGGCCUGAAGCUCCCCAAGUCUUAUUACCUUGUAAUAAAUAAUCCCUUACUAGCCUCACUUAAUCUCAAUAGAAGCCUGCUGUUUACCCUCAGGGAACAAGUAGUUUUCAAAAUUGAGCUCCUCCAAGGUCAUUGGCCUGUGCCUGUAUGUGGGCGCUGGUCAUCUUUGUGAACUCAUGGCAUUAUUUUCCCAUAUGCAUUAAGUAAUUCACCCCCAACCUGUAUGAAAAGCACAGCCCAGGGUCCUACUUCAGGCUAGAAUUUAUGCCUUUGAGGGGUCCGGGGGGUCAUAGGAGACCCAUGCAAUUUAACUGAAGCUCAGGUGCCAUGUUGGGUUUAUAUUCUUUUUAGACCAUGACCCUUCAGAAUGAGUUUAGGGCAGGGGCUGCUGAUCCAAUUGUGGAUUCAGGGAGCUCUAAGAUGAAUCUCUACCGUUCCUUUCAAUCUGGUUCCUCCCAGUGUUGUCAUUGCCGAGGUCAAUCUUGUAGUUGUUCAGAUGUGCUUCUUUUUGCUGUCUUGUGAGUCAUAGCCAGUGAUCCAGAUGCCCAAGGAGUCUCCGGGGGGCACUGCCCCUUCCCAGUUCCAACUGUGUGCUCCUGACCUGCGUGAAGGUGGUCUUUCCAAAAGCAGUGAAAUGAGAAUUUCUGUAAACGCUAAUCCGGAUGAUUCAGUGUGUAUCUCUUGGGCCUGGAUUUUCACCAUGUUAGUGGGUGUAGGGAAAAUACUGUGUCUUUAAUGGAUGAAAAUUCAAUGUAUGCUGUGAAUUUGUUGGUUUGAAACAUUGAAAAUUUUUCAUUAGACAAUGUUUACAUACCUCACCUGAAGAACCUUUGAGAGUGUAUAUAUGAAAUUUAAAAAUAUAUUAAGUUGCUUUAAAACAAUAUGUAUAGCUAUAAAAGUUGGAGUUAUUUUAACUUUGAAUAUGUACCGAGUCUCUUAAAUAUUGAAAUCUUGUGGACUUUUCGUGCUUCUGUGUUUUACUUUCCUAUUAGAUCAUGUAGGAAACCGUGUUCUUGUUAUUGGUGAAGGGGCCCUCACUAAAAUCCAAGCUUGGGGGAGUUUCCUUUGUUGUGUCAGGUUUUCUUGUUGGGUUUUGAGGGACGGGGUAUGGAUCUAGAGGAUGUGUGGGAGGGAUUUCUCUAACAUUGACAUCUAUUCCAUGAGCUUUUCUAGGCGCUUAUUUUAAUGCAGCGUAUUAAACUUAUUUGAUAUU